AUGGCUACUCUCUACGAUAUUAGCUUCCCAGUAAUCAUCAAAGUGCUCAGGACCACCGUUUCUGUUCUCACGAAGGGCGAGGAAUAUGCGAAUCAGAACGGCAUUUCGACCAAGGAACUUCUCACCGCCCGCAUAUAUGAUGACAUGCUUCCGCUCACAACACAAGUCCUUAUCCUUGUCAAGCUGUCCAGGCAAGCGAUUAAAACGCUGACUGGUGCUACACCUGCGGAGGUCCAGUUUGAGGACAAACCCCUGGAGGAGCUGUUCACAUUAUUGGACGACACCCUGAAGGACUUGUCAGCUGUUGAAAAGCGAUCCGUUGAUGAAAUGGAAGGAACAGAUGUCAACUUUCCAAUGGGCGCCAAAACAAUGAAGUCUACAGCACCGGAUUACAUUCGCGGAUUCAUAGUUCCCAACAUGUAUUUCCACCUUAGCAUCACGUAUGCACUUCUACGGAAGCAGGGCGUUCCACUGGGGAAGAGGGACUAUCUGAGUGAAUUCGCUCAAAACCUCGUGGAAGUUUAA